AUGAAGAAAAAGGUGUUGUUGAUGGGCAAGAGCGGUUCCGGUAAAACAAGCAUGAGAUCAAUAAUUUUUGCCAACUACAUAGCCAAAGAUACUAGUCGAUUGGGUGCAACGAUUGACGUUGAACAUUCCCAUGUUAGAUUUCUUGGGAACCUAGUGCUUAACUUAUGGGAUUGCGGAGGACAAGAAGCAUUCAUGGAAAACUAUUUUGUCAGUCAACGAGAGAACAUUUUUCGCAAUGUAGAAGUGCUUAUUUACGUAUUUGAUGUGGAGAGUCGAGAUGAGGAACUUAAAAGAGAUUUAAGAUACUACGAGACUUGUCUUAGUGCAAUUUAUGAAAAUUCUCCAUCUGCGAAAGUAUUUUGUCUAAUUCAUAAAAUGGAUUUGUUGCAAGAAGAUCAACGUGACAAGAUAUUUUCAGACCGGGAAAAUGAAAUAAUUAAUAUGUCCAAACCAGUUGACUGUUCUUGUUUCAAGACAUCAAUUUGGGAUGAAACGUUAUAUAGAGCUUGGUCUUCAAUUGUGUAUAAAUUGAUACCAAAUGUUAAAGAACUUGAACAAAGCUUGACAUUGUUUGCUGAUCUAAUGGACGGCGAUGAAGUAUUAUUGUUUGAACGUGCAACUUUCCUUGUUAUUUCACAUUGUCAACGAAAUCUACAACGUGAUAUUCAUCGAUUUGAAAAAGUCUCUAACAUCAUAAAACAAUUUAAACUUAGUUGUAGCAAAGUAGCUGCUCAAUUCCAAAGCAUGGAAGUAAGAAAUUCAAAUUUUGCCGCUUUUAUAGAUUUAUUUACAACAAAUACAUAUAUUAUGGUUAUUAUGUCUGAUCCACAUAUUCCUUCAGCUGCCACUUUAUUGAACAUAAAAAAUGCUCGGAAACAUUUUGAAAAAUUAGAACGUUCAAGCCAGUCUCAACAGAACAAGAAAUAA